AGUAUUCAAUAUGUUGGACGAGCGUUCGGAACUCGAGACCCUGCGGGAAAUUUAUUACCUAACUGAUGGUGCGUCGGCCAACUGGCGGAAGUUGCUCGCCCUGGGCGACUGCCUCGAUCAGCAGCUAAAGCGCAAACUACUCUGGGUGUGGCCCACAUCGGUGGAUUUGGAUUACUUCAAUCAGCUUCUGACCAUGCACCACCUCCAGAGUGUGUUGAGCAUAGGCUGCGGCAGCGGACUUUUGGAAUGGCUGAUAACUGCAGCUGGUGGGCGGAAAACCACUAUGUUUGGCCUAGAAGUCGAUCGCAACUGGUGGCAGAGUAAGUACUCCGUUCGGAGUUUCAUACCGCUCAACUAUGUGGAGGAGACCAGCCAACUGGAUACGGAUUUAUUGACCAGCUGCUGCAAUGCCACCUCUCCCUGUGCCUUGCUCUUCUGCUAUUUCAACAAUCGAUCGGCGUUCCUGGACUAUCUUAGGGUCUUUCAAGGAAAAUGGCUUAUAUUGAUUGGACCACUGCCUGCUCUGGGUAUCCACACAGAUCCCAAUCCCGUCCAGCCGCAACUGCCAGUCGACCAGUGGACUCUCCGAGAACGCCUCAACUGGACUGACUGCAACGUUGUGACGUUUUACGAGAAAAUAGCUUAGUCUAGUCUUUAGUAACUAUAUAAUUGUAGUAAUAAAUCAUUGCCUUAUGUCGUAA